CAAAAUUAGCGGAUCGAUCGAUGCUGAUCAGUCUGUUAUAUGUGGGAAUGAAAGGCAGCAAGAUUAGUUGACGUGGAAUUCAAUGGGUUGGGAUAAAUUAAGUUGGAGAAAUACAUAUUUCUCUGCUUGUUUCUCUUCUUCUUCGUUAGUCGCUGCUUUAAAAUCUUCCAUUCCAAAUUUUCUACUUUUUUCUCCUCCUUGUUAGUGAGUUAGUCAGUUGGUUAGUUAGUUAGUUUGUUUGUUUGCUAACUAGCUAGUUAUUGUGCGUGUUUGCCUGUGUGUUUGUGUGUUAAAGCCGUAUUCCCUACCUUGUUUUACAAUUCUCUUUUGAUCGGGUCAUCCAUCUGCUUCACCAAUCGAUAGUGAAGCCUAAAAAAAUUCUUGAGUAAAUUAUAGACCAUCUGUUAUUGGGAUAAAAAGUUUAUCUUAUACAUUGAAGAAAAUAAUUUUUCCCUCUUUUUUCGGAGUUUUAUUUCAUCCGCUGUACAACAAACACACUAGUAGAAAUAUUAGUAGUAGUAGUAGUAAGGACUAAGAAGAAUUGAAAAUGCCAGAAGAAGAUAAAACUGCUGGUUCAACUGAGAAGGCGGAGAAUAUAAAACCUGGUGAAACAACGGAGACAAAGGUGACUGCGUCGAAUACAACAAGUGGAACUGCUGCUGCUGCUGAACAAGAAGCAGAAGAAGUUAAAACGUAUAAAUGCGUGAAUCUUACAGCGUUUGGCGGUUCCAAGCAUGUGCGAAUCGAUACGAAUGAAGUGAAACCUGUGGGGAAAAAUGAAGUAGCUAUUGAAGUACAAGCAUGUGGAAUCAAUUUCCUUGAUAUAAUGACAAGACAAGGAUUGAUUGAACAGACUGUUAAACCACCAUUCAUUAUGGGAUCUGAAUGUACUGGAAUUAUUAGUGAAGUUGGCGAAAAAGUCAGCACCUACAAGGUUGGUGAUCCAGUGGUUGUACUACUUGAAAAUGGUGCUUGGAGUCAACGUCUUGUACUACCAGUUAUAGAGAAAGUUAGCGCAAAUCAGUCAAGUUCAAAUACACCAGCAGAAGAUACAGAAAAUAAUGAAUCAACAGAGAAUACAGUCAGCUCACUUAUUUUGCCAAGACCCAAGUCAUUGGAUGUUAAUAAAGCCGCUGUGAUUGGAUAUGCUUAUAUACCAGCUUAUAUUUUAAUUCAUCAUAUCGCUAAUAUACGUUCUGGUGAUGUAGUUUUAGUGCAUUCAGCUGGAGGUGGAGUGGGAACAGCUAUUGGACAAUUAGUCAAGCUUAUUCCAAAUGUCACAUUAAUUGGUACAGCUUCAAAAGCCAAACAUGAGAAAUUGUCUAAAAUCUAUGAUGUUCUCAUAGAACCGGAUCAAGAUUGUAUUGCGGAAAUUAAAAAACUUUAUCCUAACGGGAUUAAUGUGGUCCUGGAUUGUAUAAGUGGUCCUGAUACCAACAGAUUAUAUGGCGUUUUGAAACCCUUGGGGAAACAUAUAAUUUAUGGCAUGUCCAACUUGGUUACUGGAGACAGGAAAAACUUUCUUAACUUGGCAAAACAUUGGUUCCAUAUGGAACGUAUCAAUCCGUUGAAGCUACACGAUGAAAACUUAGUCCUAGGAGGUUUCUUCUUGAAAUCCCUUCUAUUCUGUCGUGAUCGAGGACAAAAUGAAAUUCACAAUCUGGUUCUUGAUGUUUGGAAUGAGUUAACCAAGCUGAUUGAUGGUCAGAAAAUCGAUCCAUGGAUCGAUAGUCAAUGGUAUUUCGAUGAAACUAAAGAGGCAAUGAUGCGUUUACAAGAAAGAAAAAAUAUUGGAAAAGUUGUACUGAUUCCAAAGAUGAAAGAAGUGAAACCUGAAGAAGAGAAAACUGAAAGUGCUGAAAAGCCAGCAACUGAAGAAACUACAGCGAAUUCGCCAAAGAAGUAA